CCGCCCAAGCACCGCCCAGGCCACGCCCCCGCGCCUGGGCGACUGACACCUGGGUACUGGGGGAAUUGUUGCGUCUGGUACCGGACUCAGGAGGGUCCCUGCUCUGCGGACUCUCGGGUUCCCACAGAUAUCCAGGAGGAUGAUGGCGUCCUGCGCGCGGCGCCCUUGCCGUCCCCGCCUCCCCGAGAGGCGCCUUUCUUGGCGCGUGGUCGGAAUUCUUUUGGUAGCCCCAGUGCUCCUGCUCUCUCUAAACUCUGAUGCCUGUGGUGAACCACCAAAAUUCGAAACUAUGAAGCUCAAGGGUAAACCUAAAAAAUAUUAUGAGGUUGGGGAGAAAAUAUAUUAUGAGUGUCUUCCAGGACGCAUUACUGUGUUUCCCGUCAUGGCUUAUUGUGAGCAGAAUCACUCGUGGUUCCCUCUCCAAGAAGCUUGUAUGAAAAAAGAAUGCGAUAGGCUAGCACUUCAACAUGGUGAAGUUGUUGCCCCAAAUAAAACCUUUUCGUUUGAUCACGAAGCUCACUUUUAUUGUGAUGAGGGUUAUUACUUAGUUGGGCAACAAGUUAUAGUUUGUAACCUUCGUGGAAAUGACGUGUAUUGGAGUGAUAACCCCCCACAAUGUAAAAAGAUUUACUGUCAACCGCCUGCAAAAAUAAAUAACGGAAAAUACAGCAAUAGCCACAGAACUAUAUUUGAAUAUAAUGAAUUAAUAACUUACAGUUGUAAUCCUUCACAAGGAUCAGACGAAUUUUCACUUGUUGGAGACAGCAAACUUAUUUGUGUUGGGAAUAACAAGUGGAGUAGUGACCCUCCUCAGUGUAAAGUGGUCAGAUGUGAACAUCCAGUACUUGUGAAUGGAAGACUGGUAUCAGGAGUCAGAGAAACCUAUUCCUACCAAGCAGUGGUUCUAUUUGAAUGCCUCCCAGGUUUCUAUCUUAAUGGCAGCAACCCAGUGUUCUGUGGUGGGAGAAAUACUUGGGAACCUGAGAUGCCGACAUGUAUUAAAGGUUUCAAGCCUACUCAUCCAACCAAACCUCCAGUUUCAAAGUAUCCAGGCUAUCCUGAGCCCAAUGAAUCAGCAUUAUUCGAAGAAUUGGAGGAAUUAGAUGCAGGUAUCAUUGCUGUGAUUAUUCUUACUAUCUUUGUCGGCCUUGCAGUACUUUGCACCUGCCUGUACAGAUGUCUUCAAAGAAAGAAAGGGUAAAUUAAAGGACAUUUCUUCUAACUUCCGGUCCUUCUCACUCCUCACCUACGUGCGUGCAGCAUUUGCACCUGUGCCUAUGCCAUGUUUCCCUAAGCUGAGCCCGCAUCAGUGUGCCCUGCCAGUCGCAUCUGUUUACUAACAAUAUUUUAGGCUGCUUUUCCUGUCCUGGCGGCCAGAGCGACCUGCGCAGACUUGCUUCGUCUGUUAGGACUUCACGAAAAAUUUCUGUGGGGUGGGACUUGAGGUUUAAGUUCUAUAGCAAAUCACGGAGCGUUACGGGGCCUUCCCCACCCAGCUUUCCCCUAUUACCUAAAUUGGACCAGGGGCCAAGAUGAAACUUAGAACAGUUCACUGUGGAGACUCGGACAGUUGUAUUCAGUGAAGUUUUUAUGAUGAAA